UUGAAUGGCUGCGAGUCGGGCCCGGCCGGGAGCUGAGGGCUGCUCCGGGCUGCCGAGCGCGUCCGUCGGCGCGGGGCUGGGCUGGGACGUCGCGGCACCAUGAGGCGCCGGUAUUUAAAGGAUUAUGGCAUCUGAAACCCACAAUGUUAAAAAACGAAAUUUUUGUAAUAUUGAGGGUCAUCCCAUUGAUCUUCCUAGAAAAAGGAACUCCAGUUUCACUAAUAAGAACAUGAAGGAGGUUAAGAAAUCUCCAAAACAGUUGGCUGCUUACAUAAAUAGAACAGUGGGAAAAGCUGUGAAAAGCCCAGAUAAACUACGUAAAGUGAUCUAUCACAGAAAAAAAGUUUAUCAUCCCUUCCCAAAUCCUUGUUACAGAAAAAGACAGUCCCUUCCAAGUGGGGGCUGUGACAUGGCAAAUAAAGAAAAUGAGCUGGCUUGUGCAGGCCAUCUGCCUGAAAAGUCACACCAUGAUAGUCGAACGUACUUGGUUAACUCCAGUGAAGCUGGUUCUUCACAAACAGAAAGCCCAUCAUCAAAAUUUAGUGGUUUUUUUUCUGAGGUUUCUCAGGAUCAUGAAACAAUGGCUCAAGUUUUAUUCAGCAGGAAUUUGAGGUUGAAUGUAGCUUUAACGUUCUGGAGAAAGAGAAGUAUAAGUGAACUUGUAGCAUACUUAGUGAGGAUAGAAGAUCUUGGAGUUGUGGUAGAUUGCCUCCCUGUGCUCACCAACAGUUUGCAGGAAGAAAAGCAGUAUGUCUCACUUGGCUGCUGUGUAGACUUGUUGCCUCUAGUAAAGUCAUUACUUAAAAGCAAAUUUGAAGAGUAUGUAAUAGUUGGUCUAAACUGGCUUCAAGCAGUAAUAAAAAGGUGGUGGUCAGAACUGUCAUCCAAAACAGACGUUAUAAAUGAUGGAAAUAUUAAGAUUUUAAAACAACAAUUAAGUGGAUUGUGGGAACAGGAAAACCAUCUUACUUUGGUUCCAGGAUAUACUGGUAAUAUAGCUAAGGAUGUAGAUGCUUAUUUAUUACAGUUGCAUUGAGAGAUUUCAUCUACUAAGGAGCAUCUGGUUAUUCUGAACAUCAUUGGACGAUAUGAUUUCCCCAAAUAGGUCUCUUCUGAGAACUGUGAACUGUGGG